GGAGUGAAUGGAUUAGAAUGAAAAAAUCAAUAUUGAAAUAAUUUUCUGCAAUACAUUGUGAAUGUCAAGGAGGGAUAGAAAAUUUACAGAAUGCGAGUCCUUGAUUAAACCGUCUCUUUAAUUUUUAAUGAGCUCGUUCUACAUUUGUGGUGCAGUUUUAUGCAAUGUUUGCAAACUUCAUUGUACGUACAUGAUUUUGUGUUUAAAAAAUCAUAAAAUGCGUAUUUUUAGACUUCCAGCGUUGUUUUGAUUUAUUAAAAAUUGAUUUGAAUUUGUAUUUUACUCAGCUAUUCUGUGGUUAGUUCUGUUAAACUUAAGGUUUGAGUUUCAAAUACAAUUUCUCGAGAUUAUAAUUAGUUUAGCCUCACAUCACGUUGAUUAAUUUUGCCCCAUAUACAUUCUUAUGCACGAUUUAUCAAGAAAUUAAAAAUUAAAUUGGUUUGAGACCUAAAAACCGAAAUAAAUUGAUUAAAAAUAUUUUUUCCUUAUUUAUAUUAAAAAAUGUAUUAUUUAUGUAUAUUCGUGUAUGUUUUCUGUCUUCUUCAGGACUUUCAAAUUUUCUAAAAAAAAAACAUCAGUUAAAAAAAAUAGAAGAGCUAUUCAAAGGAAAAAGAAAAUUCAAUAAAUUUAAAAAUCCUAUUUAAAAGAUUUAAAAGGAAAUAUAAAUUUUAGAAAAUUAUGACUUUUACCCCACUCUCCCCUAAUUUAUCUCUGAAUGAACCUUUUCUAACAGUGUUGUUUACAAAUAAACGUGAAGAAUUUCUUAAACGUGCAGAACAUGCAGAAAAAAAUACGAUUUAAUGAUUAAUAAAGGACACAAAAAGGAUACGAAAGACAGAAAAUGAAUAUUCUGGAAAUAAUUUUACAAAAUCUUCCUGCAAUUGAGAAGAUCAUCAAGGAGAAAUGCGAGAUAUUUCACAAAUCAAUCUUCUUGUCAUCAAUUGAGGAGCUGGGCAGUCAUCCAGAUGCAGAAUUGCCGGAAAUUCUCUCAAGGAUUGCGGCUGUGAGGACAUUUACGUGGGAACUAAUUCACAUUGGACACUGGAAUGAGGUUGAUGUGCAGAAGAGGAUUGAUUAUUCCAUUGCAACAUUUCUGGAAGUUAUUCUGAUGCUGAAGAUGAAUGAUGCGGAGGAUGAUUAUCAAAUUUUCAUUGAUUGCCUGAAGGAAUUGGAUACAGGAAUCCUCUUGGGGGCAUCUGUGGUGAAUGAGGGAGGUGAGGAUGUCUUAAAAUCAGCCGCGAGAUUGAUUUCUGUGGAAGUAUCCAUGAGAGAGGAAUUCAGGAGCAUCCCAUUGAGCACGAAGGUGGAAUUGAGGCCAUCUCAUGGGGUUGUGACAAAAAUGCCAGCAUCUGUGGAGACUCAGGUUGAUUCUUUGGAGCUGCCAUCAAUUCAGGAAUUUAGGGAGAAUUUUUUUUCACCCCGGAAGCCAGCAGUUCUCCUUGAGUGCAUCAAUCACUGGCCUGCGAGGGAUAAAUGGAAGGAUUUGGGAUAUUUUAUCCAUCAUUUUGGACAUCGUACAGUUCCCAUUGAGAUUGGCAGUCAGUACACUGAAGCUAAUUGGGGGCAGAAGCUUGUGCAGCUGAAGGAUUUCAUUGAGAGACAAUUCAUCUCUCGCAGUGAGGAAACGGUGAUUGAGUACCUGGCACAACAUGAUCUUCUCGAACAAAUUCCCGAGUUGAAGGAAGACAUCCGGAUUCCGGAUUAUUGCUAUGCAGACACAACUGAGACUGAUGUAGAGGUGAAGAUGUGGUUUGGCCCGUGGGGAACAGUUUCCCCUCUUCACUAUGACAAGAAACACAAUCUCCUGGCACAGGUGGUGGGAACGAAGAGAAUCCUUCUAGCUGAUCCCCAUGAUGCAGAAGCUGUCUAUCCAUUCGAUGGGAAAAUGCUCUCAAAUACUUCACAGGUUGAUCUUGAGAAUGUUGAUUGGGAAAAGUUUCCAAAGAUCCGGGAGAUUGCCUUCUACCAGGUUCAUCUGCACGAAGGGGAAGUCUUGUACAUCCCACCUGGAUGGUGGCAUCAUGUUAGAGCCAUCAGCAAUAGUAUUUCCCUUUCAUUUUGGUGGGAAAGUUCGAAGGAAUAA